AUGCCGUGGACGACAGCCGAGCACUCGCCGAACACCUUCACCCGGCCCCUUGGCCCCAACGAGGUCUUCAUCAAGCUGGUCAGUGAUCCCGGCCACCCGCUCGGUCGUGAGCACUGGGCCAUUAACUACACGGCCACCAUUAGUCCUCGUGGGGAAUUCGCGGCCUUGUCGGGCUCCCCCGACCUUCUACCAACCCUCAUCCGCUACAGUUGGUUGCAUCUGCGCUUCCAGCACCCCAGUCUGGCUGCGCAUCCGGACUCCAACUCCAACGUCAUCUACACGGUUCCUGAGUCUACCGAUGCUCUUAGCGGAUGGGCCUCGCAGACCUUUACCGUGGAGGCCGACGCCCAGUCCGCCAACGAGGUGAUUCCCACCAUUGCACCGGCUGCCGACGCCCAGCUGUACUAUGUCCCCCAAUCGAGUGAACUGCUCCUGCACACCGCACACUGGCGCAUGGAUGGAGUCGGCGGCCUGCUCCUCCUCGGCCAGCUGGUGGACCUCAUGGUCUCGCACGCCGACACCCUCCUCUCGGGGAAGCUGUUAGACCCGUUCGAUUCCUUCCAUUGGGGGUCGGAGGUCGCACGGCUGGCGCCACCGGUCGAAGAGGCCGGCAACAUGCCCCUCACCGCGAACGACGAGCAGAAGGCUGUCGCCCACGGGGCAGUCGGCACAUUUGCCCUGGCGGUGGGCGCCCUAGGGGUGCCCUAUACCGGGGAUGCCUCGAGCGUGCCCUCCGGCACGCGGGCCGCGGAGCUCAAGUUCUCGCCCGCGACCACGUCCGCCGCUGUGUCCGCCGCAAAAGCACGCGGCGUCGGCAUCACGGCCGCCGUGCAUGCCAGCCUGGCCACGGUCAACUUCCGGCACGCGAUCGACGAGCACCAGGGCCGCCACUACACCAGCACCAUCAAACAGUCGCUGCGGCCGUAUCUGCCCGAGCCAUACUCGACCCCCGCGGCGGCAGCCGGGCUAUACACGUCCGGCUGGUUGGUGCAGGUCGACCCCUCCGGGAUCUGGGAGGAGAAUGCCCGCCUGUAUCAGGCGGAGUAUGAGAAGGGCAUCAGCAGCGAGUAUCUCCAGGCGCACCGGGAGUAUGCGUCUAUUUUGGUCGAGCUGAUCAAGAACCUUCCGACCCCAACAGAGCCGCCCAGUGAUAUCGAUAUCAGCAGCAUGGGGAUCAUGGAAAAGUAUCUGGAACGCGAAUAUGGAACCCCCGAGCGCGGAUUUGGAAUCACGCAUGCCGGGGUUGGCGUGGAAAUACUUUCGCGCCAAGGAGUGGUUUUCAUGUGGACGUUCCGUGAUCAGUUGACACUUCGGCUGGUGUAUAACGAGGCUUUCCACACCUUGGGGCAGAUGAUGGAGUUUUUACACGACAUUCAAGCGGACGUGUUGAAGCAAUUGCGGGUGGCGGAGUAG